CUGAGCAAAACGAGGGCGUAAAUGUACCCUUAAAAGCAGAUCAAAAUCUAUUUUCUAAUUUCUUAAAUAUGUGUUCUUGAGGAUUGCUAUGUAAUUAUGUUUUCAUAUCCUUAAAUAGCAAAUAUAACCCCUUGCCUAAUGUAUGUUUUGAGUUCUGAAAUCAAGAACAUUUUUUUAUGAAAAAAGUAAAACUACUUACAUAUAUAAUAUUAUAUAAAAUUAAUUUUUGUAACAAAUAUACUUAGAUAUAUUUUCUAGAAGUGUAUAAAUGGGAUGCUGUUGCUGGUGGUUCGCUUCUGUCGGCUGCUCCAGCUGCUCCAGUCACAUUUCGCAUCUGAAAGCGCCCGCAAGUAGGUUACACAUUUUUUCAUAGCUUUUUCCUCCGAGGAAAACAAACAACAAGUUUCGAUACCUUCGAUACCGUCCAGUUCAUUCAAUCCGAACAAAUCCGCCACAAGAGUACAGAGUGUGCUACGAAAAUAUAUUUAUGAAAAACAAACUUGAUUCUGUACAAAUCGGAAUAUUUUACAUAAUAGGGCUUAAAACAAACCACCUAACAUUUGAUUUAUAUUUAUAUCAGUUAAAUUUUUCAAAAACUUACAUAUUUCCUGCACAGAACUUGGUUCACACCCUCAGGUCUACCAGCCCCGCCGACAGCGAUACUAUGGAGUACAAAAUGAUAGGACCGGAGCACAGUGACCAGGUGAUCGAGCACCUUCGUCACAACUUCUUCGCCGAUGAGCCACUGAACAAGGCCGCUGGCCUGUGCCAAAAUGGUAGCAGUUGCGCUGAACUGGAAGAUCACUGCGCGGAGGCCAUACACCAUCGGAUGAGCGUGAUGGCUGUAGACGUAAAGGAUGCUGGAACCUGCAAAAUAGCAGGCGUGGUCCUAAAUGGCAUCUUGAAACCGGACGACACGGCCAAAGCGCUGGAAAAACUCGACUCAUCUGGCGAUGCACAUUUCCGGAAGAUCUUCGAGAUGCUACACAGGCACAAUCUCAAACACAAUCUCUUCGAGCACUUCGAUGUGGAGUCCAUGUUUGAUGUGCGCAUACUAUCGGUGGACUCUAGCUAUCGUGGCCAGGGCAUUGCCAAUGAGCUGGUGAAGCGAUCUGUGGCAGUGGCCAGAAAGAAUGGCUUCCGUCUGAUGAAAGCCGAUGCCACUGGCAUCUUCUCCCAGAAGAUUUUCCGCUCCAAUGGAUUCGAGGUCUUCUCGGAGCAACCUUACUGCAAAUACACAGAUGAGAACGGCAAGGUGAUCUUGCCUGUUGAGGCGCCGCACAUCAAGAUGCAGCUCCUCUACAAAGCGAUCUGUGGCGAUGAACAGGAUGAUAAUGCGAAGACGCAUUAA